AUGCAGUCCUCACGGGUUAUCUGCGAUGCCUUAUGGAAAGCUGCACAGUUUCUCAAAGACAACAACCUGCGCUUCGCAGAGGAUCUGACUUCGCUGGACCGGGAGAGACUGAAGAGCUUGUGGCCGAGAACUUCAUUUUUCAGGAUCACAAUAGUUAAAGACACCAAGGUGCCAAAUGCAUGUCUGUUUACACUGAAUAAAGAGGAUCACACACUGGGGAACAUCAUCCGGUCGCAACUGCUGAAGGACCCUCAGGUGCUGUUUUCUGGAUAUAAGGUUCCUCAUCCUCUGGAGCACAAGAUAGUGAUCCGUGUUCAGACGACACCAGACUACAGUCCCCAGGAAGCCUUCACUAAUGCCAUCACUGAUCUGAUCAGUGAACUGUCCCUUCUGGAGGAGCGAUUCAGGGUUGCCAUCAAAGACAAACAAGAGGGAAUAGAAUGAAUACCAUCACUAUGGACUG